AUGGAAAACAACCGCUGCUUCGCCAACCGGUUUUCCGACUACAAAGGUGCGCUUCUCCCGGGCCAGGAUGCGGGCACGGUGGUACCUGCGGUCACAGCCACUAUCGACAAAAUACUGAGAAGGGUCCCCAUGGACGCCGGUGACUGUGACGGAGGUCUGUACGACGGCCCGGCCGGGGUGGCGUACAUGCUCUUCCAUGUCACCGAGUGCGCGUACUUCUCCGAGCAGAGAGACGCGUACCUCAGGACGGCCAAGCAGAUCAUCGACGUGUCGCUGAGAUACGUGGACGCGGAGCAGGACAAGAACAUGCGCGUCGCCUUCCUCCUCGGCGGGGCAGGCAUCUACGCGGUGGCCGCUAUGAUCUACAAGGCUCUGGGUCUGGCGGACUUCGUCAAGCCGCUGACCAAGUUCCGUACCCUGUGGGAAGUGUGCGCGCCCAUCCAUUUUCUGGAGUGCGGCUCCGACGAGCUGUUCGCGGGGCGCGCCGGCUACCUGUGCGCCGCACUGGUUCUCAAACAGAAGCUGGGCAUAGAGAUUCUUAGCAAGGAGCAAAUUAAGGCUAUUUGCCAGGCCAUCAUUGAUUCGGGGAAGCAGUACGCCAGGAGAAAGAGGAAACCUUUUCCCCUCAUGUACUCCUACUACGGAACAGAGUACCUCGGUGCAGCCCAUGGCCUUUCAUCAGUGCUGCAGAUGCUGCUGUGCUACCAGGACGUGCUCAGCGGGGCGGAGAGAGACCUGGUGUGGCAAAGUGUCGACUUCCUCAUGAAUCAGGAGCAGAACUGCAACUGGCCUGCCGAGCUGGGAGCCAUCAUCGAGAGAGAGAAUGAACUGGUGCACUGGUGCCACGGAACUCCGGGUGUGGCUUACCUUUUCGCCAAGGCCUAUUUGAUCAACAAGAAACCCCAGUAUCUGGACACGUGUAUCCGCAGUGGGGAGCUGGUGUGGCAGAAGGGCCUGCUGAAGAAAGGACCGGGGAUUUGUCACGGAGUCGCAGGCAGCGCUUACGUCUUUCUGCUGCUCUAUCGGCUCACGGGGAACUCCAAAUACAUCUAUCGUGCUCAGAGGUUUGCCGAGUUCCUGUUCACAGAGGAAUUCAAGGCGGGCUCGUCCUCAGUGAGCAGUGUUUACAGCCUGUUCGAAGGCCUGUCAGGGACGGUUUGCUUCCUGGUGGACCUCCUGCAGCCGGACCAGUCAGAAUUCCCUCUCUUCAGUGUGUUUGUGUGAAAUGGACCCAGAGCCAUGCCGU